AACUAUAAUAUACUAAUAUAUACAACACACAAUUUACAAUUAGAAUAUUUUUACAAUAUAAGUUUAAAUAAUAGUCACGAAAUCCUAAAUAGUCAUGCUUAUAUAAAAACUUAUUAUUCUUUACUUUUAAAUUUUUAAGCAUCGAAAUUUAGUGAUUAAGACGAAAACCAAGAACAGAAAUUGCGUUUUCUAAAAAUGUCAGAGAAGCAAAAAACGCUUAUUUGUGGCGAUGUUAAUGGAAACUUUAAUACAUUGUUUUCCCGCGUUGACUCAAUAGUGAAGAAGUCUGGGUCGUUUGAGUUACUACUGUGCGUGGGAAACUUCUUUGGAUCAGAUAAUUCCCAGUUAGAUGCUUACCGUAUGGGAACAAGAAAAGUUCCUGUAACAACUUAUGUAUUUGGUCCGUCAAAUAGUGAACAUGUGCCGUACUACUGUGAUGAGGGAUCAGAAAUAGUUCCAAAUGUUAUUUAUAUGGGUAGAAGAGGUAUUUUUACCACUAGCUCUGAUGUCAAAAUAGCCUAUUUAACUGGUUUGUCUCGACGGGAACUUGGUAAGGAUAUACAAAACUGUACAUUUGAACCAAGUGAUUGCAGCGCAGUCCGAGAUGCUUGUUUUAGAGGACAAAGUGAAUAUCGAGGUGUUGACAUGUUAAUAACUACACUUUGGCCAGUGGGAAUACAGCAAGAUGAGUGUCAAAAGGCAGAAGUAGAGCCAGAGAGAUUGUCAGAUUUAAUAUCUUGGCUUUCUAUCCACAUUAAGCCAAGAUAUCACUUUGCACCUUCAACAGAAAAAUAUUUCGAAAGACAACCGUAUAGAAAUCAAAGUGUUCAUCAAGACUAUAAAGAGUGUGCUACAAGGUUUAUCGCUUUAGCUCCAGUUGGGAACAAAGUGAAGGAGAAGUGGAUAUAUGCCUGUUCCCUUCAACCCAUAACUAAGAUGAGGAUGACGGACCUCCUUCAAAGCACCACAGAUGAAACUCCUUGUCCAUACAAUCCAGAUUUGUUGAAUCAACAUCAGCCCGGGAAAGUUGUUAGAGUGUCUGGAAAUGGGCAGUUCUUUUUCAAUAUGGAUGCUGGAGACGACGACCACGGAAAGAGAAAAAGGAAAGGUGGUGACAAUCCAGAAAGAAAAAGAAAAGAAUUUGAUCCAGAUACAUGCUGGUUCUGCCUGUCGUCUCCAACGGUGGAAAAGCACCUGGUGAUCAGCGUGGGCAGCCACUGCUACCUCGCAUUACCCAAGGGUCCGCUAACACCCUUUCAUGUGCUCAUACUGCCCAUUGCUCACCAUCAAUCUGUUACCAAGGCUCCGGAUGAAGUAGUUGCUGAAAUAGACAAGUUCAAAGAAACACUAAAGAAGUUUUACUCGUCGAUGGACAAGCUCGUAGUGUUCUUCGAGAGGAACUACCGCACCUCCCACAUGCAGAUACAGUGCGUGCCCGUGCCGCCAGCCUGCAGCGACCAGUUACUCGAGGUCUUCCAGGACGAGGCGGGGCUGCACAGCGUGUCGCUGGAGGUGCUGCCGCCGUACACGCGCGUGGCGCAGGUGGCGCUGGCGGGCGCGCCCUACUUCCACGCCGAGCUGCCGUCCGCCGACCAGCUGUACGCGCGCACCCGCCAGCACUUCCCGCUGCAGUUCGGCAGGGACGUGUUAUCCAGUCCACCGAUAUUGAAUUGCGAGGACAAAGCUGAUUGGAGGCAGUGUCUGCUGAGUCGGGAAGAAGAGGACUCGUUAGUGGCUGUGUUCAGAGAAAAGUUUAAACCGUUCGAUUUCACAGCUGACACUAGUGACAGUGAUAGUGACUAAAAUGAAACGAUUGUAAACAUAUUUUUUUAAUAAUGCGAAAUAGUACUUCAAAAAGGUUUUACUGUAGUCAAUAAAUAAUAUUAUUAAAAUGUGU